AUGAACCCCACCAAUCCCGCGGUGACCUUGGACUCGUUACCCAACGAGAUAUUUGUCCAAAUCCUAUCCGACUUCUCAACCCGGUCGCUUCUCCCGCUCACAUCAGUCAACCACCGAUUCCACGCCCUAGUCCUAAGAAUUCUCCACUACCGCCUACUUCUCAGCAUACCACUCAAGGAAUACAAGUUGCUGCUAGAAUGCUUCCAUCCUAGCUCAAAGCUCACUGAACCACAUGUCUUCUGCAAAUACCUCGGUACAGAUGGACUGAGCGAGCGUCAUGAUGGCGCAGGUUCGUUGUAUGACAACGUCGAUACUGCCCACCAGCUUGGUAGAGUGAUGGGGCUAUAUUCUCGCUUUCGCCCAGCGGUAAGCAACGAUGAUGAUGAUGAAGAAGAAGAAGAAGAAGAAGAAGAAGAACGAGAGACAAAUAGCUCAAAGUUUGGUUUCUCGCCAGGUAGGAUGCUUCUGUUGUCGGAGGUGGUGGGGUUCAUACGGGCUGACAUGAAUACGCGUCGAGAAGGCCAUGGAGAGGAUGCAGUGAUACGUGAGGUUACCUUGGAUGGAUAUGAGGAUUUCUCACAGCUAUGUGUGGUGGCCAAUCUAGUACAAGUUAGGCCGGGAACGUUGUUGCUGUUGAGUGCAUCGACUAUUGAGGACGGGGUUGUUCGGUUAUGGAGGGAUUGGUUGCGUGGUCAAAGCCGCAAGACGAAGAAAACUAAUGAAAUUGACUGCGAAGGGGGCUCUGAAAAGGCGCGGACGUCUUCCGGCGAGGAUAUACUAUGGGUUGAUAUGAGCAAGACCGUUGGGUUAAAAAUACGCGUGCGGCCAAAGGCGUGGGAUCCAUCUUUCCCAGUGCUAGUACAUGAGGAUGAUCGAGAUGAUGACUCUUGGGUUGGAUAUGAGGUUAUUUUGCAAGGUCAGUUGCUGCUCCUGUGGAGAGGAUCCCGUGUUGACUUGAUAGAACUCCACAUCCGCUCCACGUACUUGCUACUUGCUGUCGAGAAGUCAAAGGAAGAGCAGAAAAUCCAUCAAACUAACGCAAUGGUGAUUGGAGCCGCCCCAAUCUCAGUAUCUUAA